AUGUCCGCAAAUGAAUUCAGGCUCCGAUAUGGGCUGCCGAUUCAAUCAGACCACAAAAUGCCACUUGCAUCAUCCUUGCAAGUCAUCUACUUGUUCGCUUUGUCGAGUAAGGGCGAAUUUGACCUGACUUUCUGGACGGAAAAGGGAGGCUGGGCCUGCAAGAAGGGUGGGUGGAUAUCAUUGGGUAGCGAUAAGAACUUUUCAAAAGGCAAUGCCACCGCCGUCGCUCAUAGGCAGUCUGAGAUUGAAGUCUUUGCAUGCGGUGAGGAUGGUCGCAUUUAUUCGAAACUCGUCACAGACUUCGACCACCCAGGCACAGAUUGGACGAGUCUGGGCCGCCCAGAUUGUGGCUUUCCACCAAAUGCCUACGUGUCGGCGAAUUCAUGCGUCUUGAAAAGCACAGAGGUGUUCGCUUGCGAUUCGGAUGGCCUCGUCUACACCACCACCUGGGAUCGAGAGGCCAUCCCUUUAGGGGCGGAACAAGAGUGGCUCUGCCUGGGAGGUGCCAUGAUCCCUGGCUCCGAAGUGACGGUCCUCCACCGCAAAGAUACUCAACUCGACGUGUUCGGAAAGGACAGAAAUUCUCGGCUCUACACGAACUGGAGAAAUCGAUACUCAGUCUGGGGAAGUCAACAUGAGUGGGAAGCGAUCAGCAAGCAGUACCCAGGCUUCUGUAAUGUCGCUGCCGUUGCACGGACAAGCGAGCGGCUACAUGUUUUCAUCAACAACAAAUCAGGACAAAUGUAUACCAGCUGGUGGCCAGCCAGUGACGGCUGGUAUGACAUGGGAAGGCCGCGUUACCAGGAGGGAAGCGUCUCGUCGUCUAGUCACACGAGUGGCACGGUAGCGGCGCCUCGAUAUUCAUCGAUGAGUGAAUCGCUGACACUGUUUGAUGCGACAACGUUUGACAAAAAGCCAACUUCCCUUCAGGUUACAGAGUCGAAACAUUGGAUCCAGGAUCUCAUUAAAACAAUCAAUAAUACCUUGUUCACAUCUUCACGAAGAGAGCAUGAUCAGAAAGCAAAGGUCGCAAUCCUGGACAGCGGAGUCGACCCUGGCCACGAGCAGUUUCAGAAGAUCAACAAGCACCACGGGUGGACUUUCGUUGAGAAUAAUGACAAUGUGCACGACACGUAUGGCCAUGGUACUUUCACCGCAGGUCUUCUCAUGAAGAUUGCCCCCAACACCGACCUAUAUAUUGCCCGCGUCUGCACUUCCAACGAGCUGGAUGAUAAUGCCAGUUUCCAACGAGUUGUAAACAAUGUUAUGGAUGAACUGUCGAGGGUGCUAGGGACGGGGACCACUAGAAGUUGAAAUGAA